UCAAUUUUUUUCUCUUGAUCAGCAAUCACAUGCUUUAAAUUUAUUUGGCUUUAAUUACCAGUAAUCAUAUCUCUCUCUCAUGGUUGUAUUCCACACUCUUAAUUUUUGCUAUUAAUUUAAUAUAGAACAACAACGAAUCGUACACAAACUUACACUACCAAAGCCAAAGAAAUGCCAUCAUCUCUCUCUCUCUCUCUCUCUCUCUCUCUCUCUCAAUUUUAGGCUAGGGGGAGAAACUAGACAAGAAUAACCUGCAUUUUUCUUACUUUCCAUUCUGUUGCAGAAGAGAACCAAAACAAAGCAUCAUCAUUUUUUCUUCACUCUUCAUAGGUUUUUUCAUUUUCCCCUAUUUUAUUCUCUUUCUGGGUGAAAGCCGUCUCCUUUUACACCAAGACUCCACCUUUAACUCCAUUUUCGUCCUUGUUCUCUCUCUCUCUCUCUGUCUUUUCACUUUACAAAAGUUGGUCCUCUCUUUUUGGCUAUUGCUGUUGGUCGACAACGUUGACGGCGGCUCGGCUCGCCGGAAGUCGAGGGAGAAGGCUGUGGCAGAUUUCGGGAUCUAAGAUUUUAUAGAGAGAUGAGGGACGUGGGUCAAAGAACGAGAGGUGAGGAGGCUUUGGGCGACGGAGCAGCCGUGCCACUGCUAUUUGUCGAGAAUCUGAAAGGGGCGGUGGCGGUGGAUUUAGGAAGAAGGGUGAGGCGGUGUCUCUUUGGGUGUGUGCGUGACUGGGUCGCGAGAGAGAGUGGAGGGAGAGAAGGAGAGGCGCCGGUGGUGGUGGUCGAGGCGGCGGCAAUCUUCACAGGAAAAGGAGGAGGCGCGUGUGGUUGAUUUAGGAAGAAGAUGAGGGCGGUUCAUGUUGAUUGGGGAGGGGGGCUAUACGCCAUUUUUCUUCUUGAAGGGUAAUGGCUAUACACGAUUUAAUUUAACUGGAAAAAGGAAUUAUAUUUAAUUUAGAGGUUAUGUUUGUAGGAUAAAAUUGUAAAUGUAUAAUUAUUUUUUAUUAUUAUUUUAUAUAAGAGGCUACAAAGAGUAAAAUGGGGAUGUGAAUAGAAUCACCCAUAGGAAAAUUCAUAUUCAUACUAUUAUAAAAGCCCAACUAUAAUAACAAUACAAUAAAUAGUCAUCUAUCAUUUGAUUUUAGGGUUUAGAUGCUAGACGCCCUAGAAUCUUCUCAAGUCACCUAAUUCCCCUGCUCCCUGGUUCCCCUUCUCCCUCGUCUCAUCUUCAAUUCCAGGCGCCUGGAGAUACAACAGCAGAUUGAAGAAAAAUUACCUUCUCCAUCGCUAUAUCUUCCCCUUCUCCUUAAAUCUGUAGAUCUUCUCAAAUCACACUUAAUUUCCUUGCUCCCUUCUGCAUCUUCCCCUUCUCCCUCGUCUGUUCUGCAUCUUCGCCUUCUCCCUUGUCUGCAUCUUCAAUUCCAGCGCUACCCUUUUCCCUCGUCUGCAUCUUCCCUUUCUCUCUCGUCUGCAUCCGUCGCUUUUGUUAUUGCAGGCUGAAGAAGCAAGAUUUGCGAGGAACACCCUUGUGAGAAACUUCAGAACAACACAUUCACAAACUUGAGCCCGAAGUCACAAAUUUUACCCAGCGGAUAGAAAAGCUCGAUAUUUACUGGAUAAAAGUCAGCUACUUUUGGCGGGAAACACGUUCCCCCAAAAAUCUAUGCUUUAAUAUUAGUAUAGAUUGUCUUAGUUAAUCUGUGGGAGCAAUGGAAGAUGGGAGAGGCCAAAGAGAGGCGCUGACACUUGUGGCAAGAAAGCCCAGUUUCUCGCUGCCCACCGCUUGCCCCAACUGUCUGCCUGCUUACAUUUAUCUUAAAUUUGCCAACAUCCCUUUCACUUUGGAAUUCAAUCUCAUCCAUCCUGAUUCUGAUCAAAUACCCUUUGUUGAGUCUGGUGAUUAUGUUGCUUAUAACAAUGAGAACGGUGGGGUCCUUCAGAAAUUAAAGGAAGAUGACAUUGUUGACUUGGAUGCUGAGGUGAGUGGUAUACCUGAAUGGGUAUCAUUUAAGGCGAUGGUUGAGUCAUGGCUUGCUGAUGCAGUCUUGUAUGAACUAUGGGUGGGUUCUGAUGGCAAGUCAGCACACAAGAUUUAUUACUCUGAUCUCCCUUGGCCAAUAGGAAAUAUUUUGUACUAUAAGCAAGUCUAUGCGGUGAAACAACUACUUGGGAUAACAUCAGAGAAUGCAGAAAGAAGGGAAGAAGAGAUAUAUAGAAGAGCAACUGUUGCAUAUAGUGCUUUGUCAGCUAGGUUGGGAGAACAAACCUUUUUCUUUGAAGAUAGGCCAACAAGUUUGGAUGCAGUUUUCCUUGGGCAUGCUCUGUUUACGCUUUUUGCUUUACCUGUGAGUACUUCUAAUGGUUAUAUUUGAAUCAUCAUUGAAACAUCUGUUCUAAGAAGUAAGCUCUUGGGUCAUGCUAAUCUUGUGAAGUAUGCUGAGAAUCUUAAACUGGAGUACAUAGAUGCCAGUUCGUCAUCUUCAUCAGUUCCUCAGUCAGAUCCCUCAUCAUCAGCUUCAAA